GGCUAAUCGAUCUAUUAAAUGCACAUGCACGAUAAAAUUAAUCAGUGAAUCAUAGAUACGCCAUGUGUUUGAAUGCAAUUAGAUAACAUUUCUGGAUCCGCCAGAUGGUCGCAGCUAUCGUUUCGAUACGGAACACCAAGAAGAUGUUGAAUACAAAAUUAAGGACCUCCUUGGAUCAAGGAUCAAAGAAGCAGCCAAGGUAUUUCACAAAUAUUUUCAUCGUCAAAAAUACCUUCUCGAUAAGUUAAAAUCGGUAAAAGUUGUUUUUGGCUCGGCUCCAAAUUCUAUAGUGUUAUUGAACUCAAACAGCCUAACUUACAUAACAACCAAAUCAAAGCACAACGAUAUUUUGAGAAGCUCUAAUCGUUAAUGAAUUCAGUUCUGCAUGGCGAAAACUUCCAGCGGCUGUUUCGAUACUGGGUUUCGCUUUAUUCUUGUUAUGGAUACGUUACCAGCUGUUUUUGCGAUUGGAAACGAUGAACAUCCAAUGGAAGCAAAAUAUGCGGACAAAUUCGAACGAAGUUGAAGGAAUCUACAUUCGGCAGAGAAUCGCUGCUGGUUACUGUCGAAUUCCGGAUUGCGGUCAGAUUAUUUGCUCGUCGAUUCCUGAGCACCUCGAUCCUGGAACCGUAGCGUCCAACUUCAUCGACAGCGUUUUCAAGAUCGACUGCAAGAACGCCGCAAUCAUAAAGCUGUCGUUCAACGACUGCAAAUUUCCCGAGAACAAACUACGAAGGAACUGGCUGCGUACCAACGUGUCGAUAGACGCGCUGACGUUCAGAAGUUGCUCCCUAAGCGAAAUCGAGGACGAUAUUUUCUCCGAAUCCAUUUACAAGAGCACCAAGAGUAUUAUUAUGGUCAGCAACCGGCUCGACUCUCUGCGCAGAUCAACGUUUCGUCAUUUGAAGGCAUUGAGCGACCUCACGAUUCAAAAUAACACCAUCGAGUUAGCCGAAUUCGAUUUACUGGCGGACGUGGCGGAUUCCUUGACCAUUCUGGACCUAUCUGCCGCUAUAAAUAAUCGGGAAACACUGCGAAACAUCACCGGAGGCAGCGUGCCCUUGUCGAAGCUUCAAAUUCUGUCGAUAAGAGAGAACUCUGUGCGUAUAAUCGAUCGUCAGCUGUUUUCAGCCGUGCCGUCGGUGCAGUCGCUCUACCUGGACAACUCGAAAGUCGAGAAAGUUGCGAGAGACACCCUGGAACCGAUGGCCAGCUCCAUACUGCAGGUGUUUCUGAACGGCAACAAUAUUACCACGUUGCCGGAGGGUCUCUUCGACCGCGUAAUCAAUUCCAAAAGAUCGUUUCGUAUGACAGCGAAAGAUAAUCCAUGGCACUGCAACUGCAGCUUGAAAUGGAUGCUGGAUCACGUCGGACACGAGUCCAGCAUAAUGGUCGGCAUCCCGACAUGCAAGACGCCGGAGAUAAACGCUGGCAAAUCGUUCACGAAAGCGAACUUUUGUUAUCAAUCAAACUCUACUAGUCCCGCCGUCACGAGCGGGUCCACGGAAUCAACCAAGCACGACUGGAGUCCGACCACGACUCGGCCCACUGAGCCAGCCAACAUUAAUCUAACCUGCAAUGCUACCUUCCUGUACACAGGUUCACGGAAACUGAUGUCGAGCGAUUUCCUCCAGAUUCCUGCACGGUUUCCUCGUUUCUACGUUUACAGGAACCUGGAUGGGGGUAUCGUGGCGAACCUCCCGAAUCUUGAUGAAGGUGUCACGUUGCUGUGGUUCGACAACCACGACGUCGAAGGCUCGCUGAGCUGCGCGAGGAACGUGAAGCAGUCUUAUCUCAUACAGAGUAUCGAUCCGUGGGCCACGUACACGAUCUGUUUGCUAGUCGGUAAUACCACAUCCCCAUUGAACUGCUUGGCCGCGAGUCCAGUAGGCGAAUCUGUAGCCUGGUUGAAGAACACGGACAAGGGCUGGGUUUAUGGAAUCUUGGUCCUUUUGCUGAUUUUGUUAUUUCUUGUGGGAGCCGUCGCCGCGUUUCUGAUGGUCAGAAGACACCCGACUCUUCUUCGAGGCAGCAAACGGGUGAUGCUGGUGAAACACAGGAACUUGGAUGUUAUUGUUCUUCCCAAAGGAGUUGAUAUGAGCGAAGAGAAGUCGAGUGUGGAUCAAAAGUCUCAGGAGGAUGGGUACAUUACACCACUGCCUCCGGUGCCGGUUCCAGGUCCUAGGAGAUCCAGGGUGUCCAGAAUCAGCGUGCAGAGCGAUGUUCACAGUUACGUGUCGCAGAUCGAACCGACCGACACGCAACUGGAUUCUUGGAGACUGACGCGUUUGAACAGCGAAAUAGAGAAACGGAAAUGUCCGCCAUUGCCACCGCAUAGAAAGAACGCUGUGUCGUCUUUGUCUUCGACGGCGGAACCGAAUGAAGCGUAUUAUUUGUCCACUAUUUAA